AUGGUGCUGUGUUCUCCAGGUGCACUCUGCCAACAGUGGAUUCUGUGGACGCCCCAAAGCAUUGUGGCUGUUGGUGGAUCCUGCCUACUGGUCCCAUGUAGAUUUGAGAUCCCUGCUGAGUUUGAUGCUGACUUGAAAAACUGCACACCCACUGGGCUUUGGAAAAAAAAUCAAAUUUGGGGAAAUAUAGUAUUGAGCUCAGCCAAAACAGAUGCCCAAAACAUCAUUAAGGGAGAGAUGGUGGGAAAUCUGUUGAACAAGAACUGCACCACCAUUUUCAACAGUUUCCCUGCAGGAUAUGAUGACACAUAUUUCUUCAGGCUGGAAUGUGCUGGAACAAAUCGCCUCAAGUAUACUUUCUCCUCAGGAGUAAAUAUCAGUCAUGCAGGUACACUGAAUUUGACCUUACCUAAGAGAUUUAUGAUUUCCAAUUAAACAAACAUUGAGGGCUAAACAUUCUAACAAAAGGACUACAUUGAACUCUUGUGAAUACUAACAGCAAACACAGGUUUAAAUGCUUAACAUCAGGGCCGGCUCUAGCCCUAAGCGAGAUUUGGUUGAGGGGCCCCCUCACCAAGCAGUUCUACACAUUGUUGCCAUGGGGCAAAGAGCAAGUUUAGCAAUUUUAUAACUAAUCUUGCCAUAACCUAUGCAAUGCUAAUGAUAUCUGAGUUAGAGUGACUAACAAAAUCAAUGGGGGCCCCCUGGAGGUCAGGUCCACUGAGCACCUGCUUGCUCGGCUAAGAUUACUACAAUUUUAGAUAAUUGGCUAGACUAACUUACCAAUCUAAAAAAUUGUUAGCUGAGAUGGCUAAUUGAGUGAUUGUCAGUGACUGACAAAACAAGAGAAAAACUGCUAAUGCACAACCAAAUUUCAACCUUGCACAUUGUGUAUUCUACUAUUCUAACUCUCAACAGUAAGUUGAGACCCUGACUGAGUUCCUAAUUAUAUUGCUUAUGCCUGGAGCCGGCCCUACUUAACAUGAAAAAAAAAGUGAUGUUCUAAGCAGAGUUGGUUUCAACCUGGUUGCCCCAUACAGUAUGCCAUUGGGCUAUAUCCAGGCCUCUUUCUGUCUUGUUAUUGAUUCUAUAUCUCUCUCUCUCCCACAUAUCUUUAUUACCCCCAGACACCCCACCCAAACCCCAACUAACCCCUAUGGGCAACAUCACAGUGGGGGAGCGGGUUAGACUGAGCUGCUCUGCCCCCGCCCUCUGCCCUACGUUGCCGCCCUCUCUGACCUGGACCUCUGGGCUAGGUGGCAUUGUUGAGAGCCAGCUACAGGAGGGUUUAGAUGGGCUCAUGACCAUGACCUCCACCCUGACCUUUACUGCCUCCCUCCCCCAUCACGGGAUGAUGAUCAAAUGUUCUGCCUGCUACACACUGCAGCCAGGGGCCACCACAAAGACGACUCAGGGGAACCUGACCUUCAAUGUUCUGUGUGAGAGACCACAAUCAUAUGACCAAACCGCAACCAUAUGACCUCAACUGUAAAGAGUGGCGUAGUUAUACAAUGAAACGAAGGAAUCUCCUUAUUUAUUGAUCGAUAAUUGAUACUGUUAAGUGCUAAACACUAUCAAAGAGCACAGGGCAUAAAAAACAAACUGGUUAAACAUGAAUUAGCAGGUAAUAAGCAGCCAGUUAGCUAUUCAUACCUAUGCAAUGAUUCUUCCCAUCCUCAUACACUGUAUGCGUAUCUUCUCAAUAGUGCUUUCUAGAUCAUGUUCUCAAUACUAUGGCAACCUUCCAGCUCACUUGUGAGACUUCAAAAUGACACUAAUCGUCAUAAUUUAUUUUCUGUUUUCUCUCAUUCACAUCAAUACAUUCUAUUUCUAUCAUUCGCACGUUCGUUGACACUCACAUGACGAACGUUCCCAUGUGGGAAUUGGUCUUUAAUCUUACGGAUCAAAAUGAGCUCACGUACCUCACAGGAAGUUGAUUUAACUGUGUGGAUUCUGUCUUCCAGAUCCGCCUAAAAACACUGUAGCCCUGUCCAGCCCAUCUGGGCCUGUGCCCGAGGGGAGGGCAGUGACCCUGACCUGCCAGAGUGAUGCCAACCCACCGGUGGAGCGCUACUCCUGGUACAAAGACAUCAGUGGGCAGGUGAUCUGGAAGGCCAAUGGGCAGACACUGGUCCUCCUGGUCAGUAAGGCAGACAGCGGGCUGUACCUCUGUGAGGCCCACAACCAGAAGGGAUCACAGAGGUCAAAGGUCAUGCCUCUGGAGUUCGAAAGUAAGUAAUUUUGUUCACUUUAUGACUAAUGCACUACAUUUGACCUAAUAGUGUACUAUAUGAAAUAGGGUGCCAUUUAAUUUGUUGAAAAGUGAACAUUGUAUCUAUAUUUUAAAUGGUUAACACUCAAGGCAAAUGGACAACAAAUGAAUAGUCAACUUUAAAAAGCCAUGUUCUAUUCCCAUUGUUUUCAGCUGGCCAAUGUUCCAUGAUGGCCCCCUACAUCAUCUGUGGAGUGAUUGUGUUGCUCUAUGUUCUGACCGUCACCGUGGAUGUGUAUAAAUAUAAAAGGUAUCAUUAUUUACAUGUUCAUGCCCAUCGAGUUUAGGAAUACAUUUAUAGAAAACAUUUAUAGAAGGACUGUUCCGAUCCUCUUUGUUCUAACCCAAGUUCCCCCUUUUUCCUUCCCUAAGUCUGUCCAGAAGACUGAAAGUAAGAGGGACAUUUUCAUUUUCAGAAUAUUCUGUUUAACAGAGCAAUUUUAAGGCAUUGGCAGUAGAUGACGCAGUUUGAUACUCAGAGUUUGAUAUGAUACAGAGGCAAAGUGUUUCUACGUCAAAGAUUCUACGUCAAAGAUUCUACGUCAAAGCGUUGACAAUUCUUAGUUUGACUAUUACACAUGUUGAAUCUUUGACCAAAUUCACUGUGGUUUUGUAUAAAACGUGCAACACUAAUGCUCCUAUUUCAAAUGACAUUUGAUAUAGUAUUGAUACCUCUGAUACUGAUAGUCUGUUGGAGAAGAUAUAACUUCUCCAUUUAAAUACAAUUAUUUCUCCUCAAUAUUCCAGCAGCAGCUACAGCUGUCAGAGAAAGGAGACAACACAUACACUAACCUAACGAUCGCCAGCAUCAGCGCUGACUAUGACCAACUCCAG